AUGACUACCCCGGUGCCCCUCACUCUUGGAUAUGGGGACCUGCAUCCCUUCGCAAAAGUCCAACUUUCUGACCGUGAGUCGGUACAGCAACUCUUACGAACAUUGCUCGAUCCCCUUCAACCUUUCUUUUCUCCAGCUAAAGCCCGAGUGCGCGUCCCUGGCGGAACUGGAGUCAGAUUUGAUCAAACAGCCGCCGACGUUGAGGGUAUAUGUCGGCCCCUCUGGGGUCUAGCAUUUCUUCUUGCAGGCGGAGGAAGCUACGCACACACGGACGCAUGGAUUGAAGGUAUCAAGGCUGGGAUGGACCCUCAAAGUCCAGAAUAUUGGGGAAACCCCCGUGACAACGACCAGAGAAUGGUCGAAAUGUGUCCACUUGGGGUGGCAUUUGCGAUUGCGCCUCAAUUUUGGCAAAGUAUCUCAGAAGAAGACAAGAGGAAUGUAGAACAGUGGUUGGGUAACUCAAUCAACACUAAGGAGAUGCCGAACACAAAUUGGCUCUGGUUUAGGGUUUUUGCCAACUUGGGAUUGAAGAUGAAUAAUGGCAAAUACUCAGAGGAAAAAUUGCAACAAGAUAUCAAGCAUCUGGAAGGCUUCUAUCGCAGCGGGGGCUGGUCCAAUGAUGGUCCGGAGGGCAUUCAUCAAAUGGAUUACUACUCUUCUAGCUUCGCAAUUCAGUUUCUUCAGCUCAUAUACGCCAAAUUGGCAGGAGCGGAGGACCCAGACAGAGCAAAAGAGUUCAAAGAACGUGCACGCCUUCUAGCCCUCGAUCUAGUCCAUUACUUUGACGAAGAAGGUCGUGCCAUCCCCUUCGGUCGAAGCAUGAUUUACCGGUUUGCGGUAGUAAGCUUCUGGGGUGCCCUGGCGUACGCAGAUGUUGAGCUUCCUGCCCCUUUAACAUGGGGAAUGGUGAAGGGUAUUGUUCUUCGCCACUUUCGAUGGUGGCAGAGCCAGCCCCAGAUAUGGUCCUCCAGUGGUACGCUGACAAUUGGUUACUCCUAUCCCAAUAUGUAUAUGGCCGAGAGUUACAAUAGCCCCGGAAGCCCAUACUGGGCAUGCGUUGCAUUCAUUUGCUUAGCUGUGCCGCAAAGUCAUCCCUUCUGGACAUCCGAGGAGAUGCCCCUUCCAGAGUCGCUACCUAUAUUAAAGGCAAUCAAGGAGCCGAAACAUAUCAUCAGCUCCCUAGGAAGCCACCACUUUCUUCUAUCAUCCGGCCAGGCAUGUGGUUACCCAAUGAAAGGUACACAUGCAAAGUAUGGGGCCUUUGCGUACAGCAGUGCAUUUGGCUAUUCCGUAUCUCCAAGUUAUUUUACGCUUGGGCAAUACGCUCUGGCAUCCCAGCUUGGAUUCUCCGAUGACGGCGGCGAGUUUUGGAAAGCCCGCCGCUUGAGCGAUUAUUCUGCUCUGGAAGAGAGAGAGGGGCUGCCUGUCCUUGUUUCAAAUUGGAAACCAUUCCCAGAUAUUAAAGUCAAGACCAUUCUAAUACCUCCUGUGCAGGCUGCACCAAAUUGGCAUCUUCGAGUCCAUCGUAUUGAAGCUGGUCGAGAGGUUAUGACGGCGGAUGGCUCUUUUGCGAUAGCCAACACCCGGGCAGUUGAUGGAAGGUAUCUAGACCCUUAUGAUCCAAACAUUCUGGAGGGUACAUUCCCGCGAUACCUCAAUAACUAUGACGCUCGUACGCAGGAUGGUUGGUCUAGAGGUGACCAAGGCGCAUUUGCAGUAUCAAAAGGAGCAGUUGGCAUCCGUGCUUUGGAACCAGAUUCACAACGAAGAGGCACGCUUAUAGAGGCCGAUGCAAACUCGAACGUGAUGGAGAGCAGGACGGUUAUUCCAACCUUGGAACAUACCAUUCUGAAAGGACAAACGGUGGCCUAUAUCUCGGCUAUUUAUGCAAAACCAGCAGGCAGUAAUGUCCCCAAAGUCGACUAUCUGAGUGGAUGGGAUUGUCCGCCUGAGGUCCCAAAAUGGGUUCUCGCGGAGAUAGCGACUUGA